AUGGCUCAUCUAUCAGCGAAGCCUGAUCUAAAGCAACAAUUAUUGGAGAAAGAGCAACGUUUAUUAAAUGAAAUAAAAUAUUACCAACAGCGUAUAGAAGAGACUAAAAGUUCCAAGCGCACUGCGGCUUUUGACAGCGAUAGUUCAGAAUCGGAAACAGAGUUUAACAUAGAAGAUGAACCACUUCUCGCCGAUUUAGUUCAGCAAGAGAAACGACUUAGGACCUGUGUUCUGGCGACAGAGGAGUUGACAAAUGUAGUAAUUGUUCAGUCAGAGAUGAAUGUAUUAGUUGAAGCACCAGUUAUAGAAGGUGAGGCGCAAAUAUCUGAAGCUGGUGUAUGGAAGGAGAUGGUUGCUGAGUGUCGGAUUGGUUAUGUCCCAAUCUCAAUAAGCUUCUUUACGCAUCAAAGUAAACGUCAAUUCGCGCCAAUAUCUUACAGGGGCUUGCAAGUGUUACCGGUAAAAAAAUCGCAGGAGAGAGAGCUGUCACAUUCAGUGUUGCCGCAGCUGAGAAUACCAGUGCAUGCGGUUCAUCUGAUCCAGAGUUACAACACCGCUUACCACUGCAGACGCACUGUUCUGGCUAAACUGACAGACAAAUACGGCGACUCUCUUUAUAUGGAAGCAAGGCCUGAAGGCGGUUGCUUGCUGAAAUGCGCGAACGUUCUAGAAUUGUCGUGGGUGCUGGAGAACAAAGUGUCCUAUCUUUCGAAAUUCCAUCACAAAAUGAGUCUCAGUUUGGAAUAUAUUGAUGAAUCAUACUUAAGGGUUAUUCAAAAAGCAAACAGGAAAUUAGAAAACCAAUCGAUACAUACAGAUGAACGAACUCUCUUACUUUCAACUAUAAUAGAAACAUGUUUGCAAGCUAGAGGAAUAACUAGUGAAAAGAAUACAGAUGAUUCACAACGUCCACGAAUCGAUGAGAACGACGAUGCUAAUAUCAUGGCUCCGCCGAAACUUAUACCCAAAAAGACAAAAACGAAUAAAGAAAAUGCCCAAAAAUCCAGUACGGAUGUUAAAAAAAAUAAUGGCGUUAAAAAUAGUAAGCCAAACGAUAAAGAAAUGACAGCUGCUAGAAAAAGUGAUAAAAGUGGAAAGUCCAACGAAGAUACAAUUAAGAAAAGUAAUGUUUUAAAUGAAAAGAACAGAGUUGAAACUGAUAGGAACACCAAAAGCUCAGAUAAUAAAAGAAAGUUAACAGAUGAAACACAAAAUACAGCCGUUAAGAAAAGUAAAAAUAAUGUUUUAAACGGCGUAAUAGAAACUACAUCCAAAUCCAAGGAGACAAAUGUAAAAAGUACAAUCAAUACCAAAACUAAUGGAGUUCAGACACAAAAUGUUAGACCAGACAACAGAAAUGAACAUCAAAAGAAUUUAAAUAAAAAUCAGACAAACAAUACAGACAAUACAAGUAAAAAAUCAAAGACCGAUCAACAUAAUAAUAUUGCCAGUAAUGAAAAACAAAACUUAGAGAGUGGAACAAGUUCUACUAAUGUCCAAAAAAAUAAAGCUAAUGUUGCGUCUACUGAAAACAACCAAAAAGCAAAGAUUUUAGGCAAUAAGAAUAAUGUUCGUACUAAGAAGACUACUGCAGAUAAAGGAAGAACAAAUCAAAAUACAUUACCGAAGAUAAAUAAUGUUGCCAGUAAAAAAAGAGAAAAUCCAGUAUUAGAGAAUAAGUCAAAGCUGGAUAUUAAUAAAAAAGCUGGCAACAUUAAAGUUCAAAAUGGCAAACCCAAAGCAAUAGUACAAAAUAAAAAUUCACAGAAAAGCAGUCCACGCAUUGCAUCGAAGUUGAAAGCACUUCAGAAUUUUAAGAAAGUCAGCCAUAUACCGGUUCUCAAGCGAGUGAAAUAA